GACAGCCAUGGCUACGAUCAAAGACAUUGGCGUCGGGGCGGCGUUCAACAUAGUGACCGCCACCAUCUUCCUGCUGAUAUUCGCCUUCCUGCGGCUACAGCCCAUCAACGACAGGAUCUACUUCCCGAAAUGGUACCUCAAGGGAAUGCGGGACAGCCCCUCCUCCGCCGGCGCCGCCGUGACCAAGUAUGUCAACCUGAACGUGCGGUCGUACCUGAAGUUCUUGAGCUGGAUGCCGGCUGCUCUCAAGAUGCCCGAGGAGGAGUUGAUCGAGCACGCGGGCCUCGAUUCCGUUGUCUAUCUACGGAUAUACCUCACGGGACUGAAGAUAUUUCUCCCGAUUACGAUUCUUGCUUUUGCUGUUCUGGUCCCUGUGAACUGGACCAAUGAUACGCUAGAUGAUUUGAAGGUAGUCCACAGUGAUAUUGACAACCUUUCAAUAUCCAACAUACCUUAUGGAUCAAAGAGGUUUAUUGCUCACUUGGUUAUGGCCUAUGUAUUUACGUUUUGGACCUGCUAUGUACUUAAGAAUGAGUAUGAAAGAGUCGCGACUAUGAGGUUGCGCUUUCUUGCUUCAGAGAAACGCCGACCGGAUCAGUUCACUGUUCUUGUACGGAACAUACCACCAGAUCCCGAUGAAUCAGUUAGCGAGCUUGUGGAACAUUUCUUCCUUGUCAAUCAUCCCGAUCAUUAUCUGAAGCAUCAGACAGUUUACAAUGCAAAUAAACUUGCUGAUCUGGUUGAAAAGAAGAAGAAAAUGCGGAAUUGGCUUGAUUACUACCAAAACAAGCUUGAGCGAAAAUCCAAAAGGCCAACAACUAAGACUGGCUUUCUUGGAUGUUUUGGUUCUGAAGUGGAUGCUAUUGAUCACUGCAAAUCAGAGAUCGAGAAGAUAGGAACGGAAGAAGCUGAAGAGCGUAAGAAGGUCAUGAAGGAUCCCAAGUCAAUUAUGCCAGCAUCCUUUGUUUCUUUCCGUUCACGGUGGGGUGCAGCUGUUUGUGCUCAGACACAACAGACCAGCAACCCAACCCUUUGGCUGACUGAAUGGGCUCCAGAACCUCGUGAUGUGUACUGGAGUAAUCUAUCUAUUCCCUUUGUUUCCCUCACAGUCAGGAGGUUGAUAAUUGGCGUGGCCUUUUUCUUCCUCAACUUCUUCUAUGUCAUUCCAAUAGCAUUCGUGCAGACUCUUGCAAAUCUUGAAGGCAUAGAGAAGGCACUACCAUUUCUAAAACCUUUAAUUGAAUCACCUCCCAUUAAAUCAUUCAUCCAAGGGUUUCUUCCUGGACUAGCUCUGAAGAUCUUCCUCAUAGUGCUUCCAACUAUACUGAUGUACAUGUCACAGUUUGAAGGACUAAUAUCACAGUCAUCACUAGAGCGAAGAACUGCAUCCAAGUAUUUUAUAUUCUUGUUCUUCAAUGUAUUUUUGGGGAGCAUCGUUACAGGAUCUGCUUUGGAGCAGCUUGAUACCUACCUUCAUGCGUCAGCUAAUGACAUACCAAGGAUCAUUGGUGUAGCCAUACCAAUGAAGGCAACAUUUUUCAUAACAUACGUAAUGGUUGAUGGUUGGGCUGGUGUAUCUCUUGAAAUAUUGAGAAUAAGGGCAUUUGUACUAUACCACCUGAAAAACUUUUUCUUGGUCAAGACGGAGAAGGACAGAGAAGAGGCAAUGGAUCCGGGCAGUAUCUGUUUCUACUGGUCCGAGCCUCGAAUACAGCUAUAUUUCUUGCUUGGUCUUGUGUAUGCUGCAGUGACACCGCUCUUGCUACCUUUCAUACUGGUAUUCUUUGCGCUGGGAUACGUUGUCUACCGCCACCAGAUCAUAAAUGUCUACCAUCAGCGGUACGAGAGUGGGGCGCAGUUCUGGCCCAACGUGCAUCUACGCAUAAUCGUAGCCUUGAUUGCAUCGCAGCUGCUUCUCCUUGGGCUCUUAAGUACAAAAGGUUUGGAGGAGGCGACGCCAGUUCUCCUCGUUCUUCCCAUAUUAACCUUUUGGUUCCACAAGUACUGCACGCACCGGUACAAACCCGCGUUUGUGAGGAACCCGCUGCAGGAGGCGAUGAGGAAGGACACGCUGGAGCACGCGAGGGAGCCCAACUUCGACCUCAAGUCGUACCUGGCGGACUCGUACCUGCACCCGGUGUUCAAGAGCGACGACGUCGACAAGUUCUACGUCGCCGAGGACCCCGGCGCGGAGGAGGUGAUCGUGGCGACCAAGCGGCAGUCGAGGAGGACCACGCCCGUGCAGAGCAAGUAUGACGGCUCCGACAGGCUAUCCGUGCCGGACUCCAUACCCGAAAGGUAGCACCUGGCUGGCCAGCCAUGGGAGGAGUGCUAUUGGUUCUUUAGGCUGUUAGCGUGUACAGAGAGAGACAGAGAGGGGGGAAUGGAAUUCUGCUUGAUGAGAUGUCACACGGCUGGGGAUGUUGAUUGCACUUGCAAACUUGCAAUGCACACGGCACACCAGUACACCUGUUUUUCCACUAGUAUCUGAACCGAAUACGAUCCAGAGAUGCGCAUUGCAGUGAGGAUUGGUUUGGCGUUCACAACCGUAUAGUAUUAUUGUGAAUUGGAGAAGUUUGUGACCA